AUUCCCGUUAGAUUUCGUUCCUUUCAGUAGCUAACGGAGAGUCGCCGUGAGCAUUUGCAGUGGAGCGUAGCUACAUAAACAACCAAUAUCAAACUUCACUGAUUAAAAUAAUUUAUCGCACUGUGAGAGCUGUGGACAUCAGGAAAGAUGGGAAAACAGCGACAACGAUACUGCAUCAUUGGUGCCGGAGCUGCAGGAAUUUGCGCAGCGAAAUAUGCACUGCAAGCCGGCGGAGAUGUGGUAGUGUUCGAACAGACGGAUCAAAUCGGAGGAACCUGGUCGUAUACCGAUGCCGUGGGAAAGGACCGCCAUGGGCUGGGCAUUCACAGCAGCAUGUACGAUAGUUUGUGGACUAAUCUACCUAAAGAAAUCAUGGGUUAUGCAGAUUAUGAUAUGCCAGAACAGCGAAGAUCGUACAUUCACUGGAGCGAGGUGUUAGAAUUUUUAAAAGAUUACGCUGCACAUUUUGAAGUAGAUAAGCAUACAAGGUUUGAACACUUGGUCGAAGAGGUGAGACCUCAUGGCGAUGGACAGUGGCAAGUCCGGGUCAAAGACCUUAAACAAGAUGUACGGGAAACAAUGCUCUUCGAUUACGUUCUGGUAUGCAAUGGACACUAUUCCGAUCCGGUUGUUCCAGACUUCCAAGGCAAAGACCUGUUCAAAGGCGUUCAGUUGCAUAGUCAUCAGUAUAGGAAACCUCACGUUUUUAAAAACCGCAACGUUUUGAUUAUUGGCGCUGGUCCAAGUGGCAGAGAUUUAGUUUUUGCUGCCGAAGACUGUGCAAAAACCAUUUAUUUCAGCCAUCAUGUGCCACAGAAGCUGAAAAAUGCAGUGUUUCCCACGAAUGUUGUACAAGUUCCAGACGUUGCCCGGCUUCAUGAAACUGAAGUGGAAUUUGUUGAUGGGUCAAGGCACUCGGUAGACUUUAUCUUGUACUGCACUGGCUAUCACUUCAAAUUCCCAUUUUUGCAUGAAGACUGUGGAAUCGAACUGGACGAUGAUUGGGUCAAACCAUUGUACAAGCACAUCCUGAAUAUCAACCACCCAACGAUGGCCUUCAUUGGGAUACCGUUCCUGGUUUGCACAACUCUGAUGUUUGACUUGCAAUCUCGAUUCGUCAUGAAAUACUUUUCUGGAGAGAGGCCACUUCCGACCAAGGAAGAAAUGAUGGAAGAUUUUGAGUCGGAAAUGAACAAUCGCUGGAAACGAGGAUUGAAGAAGCGACAAGCGCACAUGAUGGGCGGUGAAGUACAACGGGAUUAUUAUAACGAUGUAGCCAAAACGGCGGAAAUCGAACCGAUUCCACCGGUCAUGAUCGACAUGCAUAUAGCGAGCCACCGAAGAAAGAACGAGGAUUUGAGAGGUUUUCGGAAUGAUGUAUUUCGGCUGUUGGAUGGUGAAAAUUUCGAAAUGGAGUAUGUCGAGGAGCUCGCUAAUCGUAAAAAAAUGUGAUAUAUUCUACGGAGUGCAAAUUAUAUAGGUGUGUGUUGCUCUUUAUAUAUUCAUAGAGUUUUAUCUAUACAUGUUGAAAAUAAAACGAUGAUAUUUAAAGUUAUAGUUCAAAGAAA